CGUGGAAUUUUGGAGGGUGCGAACAUCGAGAGAACUACCGUCCGUACGUUUUGGGCGAGCAGAAAAAGUUAAACGUUGGGUGGUAUUCACCCGCACUCGCUGGUGACGAGGAGGGAAUGAGUGGGAUUGUGAGCGAGAAAUAUUGUAAACUAGAAAGAAAAUUCGAACAAUAUUCCAGGGAAUCGGAGUGGAUCUUUGUUUUUUCUUUUGUAUCUCGAAAGUGUGAUUUUUUACGUCAGAUAUGUUUAUCUGGUUGGCGACUGUUGAGUGACCACCAAGUGCAUAACUGGACAGUGUAUUGGAGUAAAUUUUUAAAAUGAAUUUUUCAAGGGAAGCUGCACGAUUUGGGCGGAAAAGCGGAAUAUUGUAGCACCAGUAUCAAUACGACGUGAAUAGCGAUAUUAGCAGUCUGAAUCUUUAUUGCUCCGUUCUGUUUCCUGUUCCUCGAUGGUGAUUGAUACUGCACGAUGCCAAAAUUUAGUGACUUUCGGCACAGAAUGAGUAUUUUCCUCAAUUUUUCGCGUGACAUGGUGUCGGAAUAGGAUUCUCCAUGAUGGAUGUAUAGCAGACUUGCUUUAAUGGAUAGUGAAAAAGGAAAAGAUCUAUUACGGAUAAUCAUGGAAUUGGAGAUGAUGUGAAUAAACCAAUUGAGUGUCAUAAGAAGCCUUCGCCAAGUUUAAAUGCUAUGAUUCAAGUGCAAAAUGCAAAUUGGACGCCAACCCGUGGAUAAAGGAUGAAUGGAAAACUUCGAAAGGGAGCAGUAAGAACAGCAUUGAAACCUUAGAACGGACCCUCGGUAGCAUUCGGGCAGCUUCACAGGACAAUGGUUACAAUGACAACGGAGAUCGAUAAGGAUAAAUCGGUGUCGAUUAGUAUACAGAAAAAAAUGGAUUCCACGGAAAGAGAUAAAGACAAAGAAAAUGACAAAGACAAAGAGAAAAACAAAGAGAAGGAGAAAAGUAAGGAAAAAGAAAAGGACAAUGAAAAGGGUGUUGUGGCCAGUAACCCUAGUGGUAACAACUGCAAUCCGAGCGUCAGUGGAACCAGUUCGGGGAGUGUGGUUCCGAGCGGUAGUCGGAAUAAUCGAUCCCAUAGUACCCAAGUUAUUAUGAACCAAGAUGCACCAAAUAUUUUAGUAUAUAAGAAGAUGGAAUCGAUAGUGGAGCGUAUGCAGAGUGAAGACGGUGGCGUUUCGGUGCGUACAAUCAAGGCUUUCAUGAGUAAAGUACCGUCCGUAUUUACCGGCGCUGAUUUGAUCUCGUGGAUAAUGAAGACUCUCAGUAUUGAUGAUGUUGCCGAAGCACUGCAUCUAGCCCAUCAUUUAGCGUCUCAUGGAUACCUGUUCCCGAUUGAUGAUCAUUUGUUGACAGUGAAGAACGAUGGCACAUUCUAUCGCUUCCAAACACCAUACUUUUGGCCUUCAAAUUGUUGGGAACCAGAGAAUACCGAUUACGCGGUAUACCUUUGUAAACGUACGAUGCAAAACAAGACUCGUCUCGAACUGGCAGACUACGAAGCGGAAAAUUUGGCAAAGCUGCAGAAAAUGUUUUCCCGCAAGUGGGAGUUCAUUUUCAUGCAAGCCGAGGCACAGAGCAAGGUGGAUAAGAAACGUGACAAGCUGGAGCGAAAAGUGCUGGACUCGCAGGAGCGUGCGUUUUGGGAUGUACACCGUCCAAUGCCAGGCUGCGUCAACACUACCGAAGUCGAUAUUAAGAAAGCGUACCGCCGCGGAGCUUCCACACAUGGUUCGGGCUCAUCCGGGGCGGCCAUCAACAGCAAUCCUAUCGAGCAGCAGACUAGACAAAUUAAACUCCUCAAACUCAAGCUGGAACGAAGAACCAUUAAGAUAUCAAAAGUAGCCGAAUCAUAUAUAUCAUAUUUCGAACAAUACCACGAAUAUGAUUACUUCCUCGCAAGCCCCGAUCAGCCAAACCCCUGGAUCACCGAUAAUACGGAAAUGUGGGAUACCGAUCGUACUGCCAAGGACGUCUCUUUGAAACGCGUUAAACGUUGGGCCUUUAGCAUAAGAGAGCUGCUAAUAGAUCCAAUAGGACGUGAUCAGUUCUCGAAAUUUCUUGACAAAGAAUUUAGUGGUGAAAAUUUGAAAUUUUGGGAGUCGGUACAGAGCAUGAAGGCACAGCCCCAAUCUAAGGUAAAAGAGGCGGCUCAUGCUAUCUAUUUAGAAUUUCUCGCCCCGGAUGCGCCCUGCCCUGUGAACGUGGACUCGAAAUCAAUGGAGCUAGCCCGGGAAGCGGUUAGCAGUGCCGCACCCCCAAAUCGGUGGUGUUUCGAUGUAGCUGCUGCUCACGUUUAUCAUUUGAUGAAGAGCGACUCCUACUCGCGGUAUCUGCGGUCCGACAUGUACAAGGAGUUUCUUAGCGGGUCUAAGAAAAAGAUCAAAUCCAUACCGAACUUGUUCGGGGUGAAACGUUAAGGUUUGUUGUAGUUUGUUUAGGACGGUGAGAGCACAUUUUAGUGCAAACGAUGUAAUGAUAUUGUAUGAUCCUCGAUACGAAGCGAGGAAACGUAAGCUAGAUGCCCAUUGAAUUGCAAUCUUUUUGUAGUCGGUAAGUCAAACGAGUUAAGACAUUGUGUGCAAUUUCAAGUAAACUUAGGUGAAAACAAGGAAUUGUUGGACAUACUUCAAAGGUAGUGUGAUUUGCCAUAAACCGCCUUGGCACAAAUCAACAGUGUGUAGCAUAAUUAUCUACGACAAUGUUAUUUAACAACCAAACGAAAUCAGUAAAUGCAAGUGUAUGCUGAAGUAGACGAAGACAAAAUCCAAUGAAUUAUAGGAAUAUUAUUAGGAAUCUGCAGAAUAUACUAUAUAGACGAGAAAACGUCUCGA